AUGGUUUCUACGCAGGAGGCAGCCGAUGUCAGAAGUCCGUUUAACAACAAGUUGUGUUCUCAGCCAACCGUUCGCUGUCGCGAUCGUUCCGAAGCUCCUGUCUGCAAGCUGUCUGUGGACCUGAUAAAAACUUAUAAAUAUAUCAACGACGUCUAUUACGCAGAUAAGAAGAAGCGCAGUCAUCAGCUGAAAACUGACGAGGCUUUGGCGAAGAAGGGCCGAGGAUUGAACAACGAUGGCUAUGAUGACGAAAACUAUGAUUAUGUCAUUAAGAGGGGCGACAAGCUGUACGAGCGAUACGAAAUUGAGUCGUUGAUCGGAAAAGGAUCUUUUGGACAGGUGGUCAAAGCGUAUGAUCUGGUGGACAAGUGUCCGGUGGCCGUAAAGGUGAUCAAAAACAAGAAACCGUUUCUCAAUCAGGCGCAGAUAGAAGUGCGACUUCUUGAAUUGAUGAACCAGCACGAUGUCGACUCGCGUUACUACAUAGUUAGGCUGAAGUGUCAUUUCAUGUGGCGGAGCCAUUUGUGCCUCGUGUUCGAACUGCUGUCGUACAACCUUUACGAUCUGUUGCGAAACACCAACUUCAGAGGGGUGUCGUUGAACUUGACUAGAAAAUUUGCACAGCAGCUAUGCAUGGCCCUGUUAUUUCUGUCUACGCCGGAACUGAACAUCAUUCACUGCGAUCUGAAGCCUGAAAACAUCCUACUUUGUAACCCGAAGCGGUCGGCUAUUAAAAUUAUCGACUUUGGUUCGUCAUGUCAGUUGGGACAAAGGAUAUAUCAGUAUAUUCAAAGUCGUUUCUAUCGUUCGCCUGAAGUGCUUUUGGGCAUUCCAUACGAUAUGUCGAUCGACAUGUGGUCUUUAGGAUGCAUUUUGGUUGAAAUGCACACGGGAGAGCCGUUGUUUUCUGGGGCUAACGAGUUUGACCAGCUCAUGAAAAUUGUCGAAGUCCUCGGAAUCCCUCCAAAACAUAUUUUAGAGCAGGCCCCCCGUUGUGAUAAAUACUUUGACCAACGGCCGGACGGAACCUACUUCUGCAAACCCUCCAGAGACGGCAGACAUUACAAACCCCCUGGUUCCCGAACACUGCAUAGCAUACUGGGGGUGGAAACAGGAGGCCCUGGCUCGCGCCGUCUAAACGAAGCAGGACAUACUCUUGCGGACUACUUGAAGUUUAAAGACUUGAUCAGUCGUAUGCUCGAUUAUGAUCCUAAAACUAGGAUCACUCCGUAUUACGCGCUGCAGCAUAAUUUUUUCAAAAAGACUGCCGACGAAGGAACGAACACUACUCCACCGAGUUGUAGUAGCGAUAAAAUCUCUGUUGAUGUUCACGCCGAGAGCCAUGUUCUGGAACAGCCUACCGCGAGGCCAUCGCUUCAAAACUGUGGCGACUUUCGUCCCGCGGAAGUGUCGGUGACAUCUGCUGAUGAUCUGAUGAAAAGCGUCGGAAUUAAAUAUGGUCAGAACAUGGUGAGGAUGGUCAGGGACGGUUGUGAAAAUCACAUGUUGCCGCAGAAGCCAGGUCCAAACAACUACGCAACGCAAGUAUAUGAGUAA